AUGGGCAACGUCCCGCCGGCGCUCAAGCAUUGCCUCAGUUAUCCCCACCUCCUCAAGGAGCAGCUGGGGAUCGGCGAAGCAGCCCAGCAACCGACUGUUCUGCAACAGCCUGGGCAGGAAUUGCUUACAAGUGGCUUUCCUGAGUUUGUUAAAAUAGUGGAAGUUGGUCCAAGAGAUGGAUUACAGAAUGAAAAGGCUAUACUUCCUACAGAUGUGAAAAUUGAGUUAAUCGACCAACUUUCCCAAACUGGCUUGUCUGUCAUAGAAGUGACAAGCUUUGUUUCUUCAAAAUGGGUACCUCAGAUGGCAGAUCAUACAGAAGUAAUGAAAGGAAUAAAACGAUAUCCUGGAGUCUGUUAUCCAGUCCUUACUCCUAAUCUUCAUGGUUUCCAUUCUGCUAUAGCUGCUGGAGCAACUGAAGUGUCAGUGUUUGGUGCAGCAUCUGAGACUUUCAGUAAAAUAAAUGUAAAUUGUACUAUAGAAGAAAGCCUGGACAGAUUUGAGGCGGUAGUUAAAUCUGCAAGAAAUAUGGAUAUUCCAGUGCGAGGGUAUGUGUCUUGUGCAUUGGGAUGCCCUUAUGAAGGAACUAUUCCUCCAGCUAAGGUUGCUGAAGUCUCAAAAAGGCUAUAUAGUAUGGGAUGCUAUGAGGUCUCUUUGGGAGAUACCAUUGGAGUGGGGACCCCUGGCAGUAUGAAGAGAACACUGGAAUCUGUUAUGAUGGAAGUUCCAUUGUCCGCUGUGGCAGUGCAUUGCCAUGACACCUACGGCCAGGCCUUAGCCAAUAUUCUUACAGCUUUGCAGAUGGGAGUUCAUGUUGUGGAUUCUUCUGUUUCGGGUUUAGGAGGUUGCCCUUACGCGAAAGGUGCCACUGGAAAUGUAGCCACAGAAGAUGUGAUAUACAUGCUUAAUGGCAUGGGAAUCAACACAGGUGUGGAUCUUUACAAAGUUAUGGAAGCUGGCAACUUCAUCUGCAGAGCUUUGAACAAGAAGACCAAUUCUAAAGUUGCUCAAGCUUCAUUCAGUAAUUGA